CUGGCAUAGUGGUUUUUCAAAAGGAAAUUCGAGCUUGUGAGGUUAGCUACAGUUUACAGAGGAUUGAAAGUCUAGGUGGACAUACUUCACUGUCAGCCCUCUCACCUUUUUCGAAGGAAAAUUUCUGGAGCUUUCUUUGAAUAUUCACCAAUGUCUGAAGAAAUUGUUUAUGCAAAUCUCAAAAUCCAGGACUCUGAUAAGAAAGAAGAAACCCAGAAGUCUGACAAAUGUGGGGCAAAAGUAUCCUCUGCUGCUUCCCAUUCACAGCCAAAAAUAGUCUGGAUUCUGAUUCUUCUAUGCCUUCUGCUGUUCAUUGGAAUGGGGAUCUUAGGAGGCAUCUUUUAUACAACUUUGGCCACAGAAACGAUAAAAUCAAAUCAAUUACAAAGUGUCAAGGAAGAACUUCAGGAAAAUGUUUCCCUACAGCUGGUGCACAAUCUCAACAACUCCAAGAAAAUCAAGACCCUCUCUGCCAUGCUGCAAAACAUAGCCACCCAGCUGUGUCGAGAGCUGUAUAACAAAGAACCAGAGCACAAAUGUAAACCAUGUCCAAAGGGUUCUGAAUGGUACAAGGACAGCUGUUACUCUCAACUCAGCAGGUAUGCAACUUGGCAAGAGAGUGUCAUGGUCUGCUCUGCUCGGAAUGCCAGUCUCCUGAAGCUUACAAACAAGGAUGUGCUGGAAUUUAUAAAGUACAAGAAGCUACGCUAUGUUUGGCUUGCAUUGUCACCCAGAAAAAAUCCCAUACAGUAUCCACUAAGUGAGAAGAUAUUCCUCUCUGAAGAGUUUGAAAGAAGCACGGAUGACAUCGAUAAGAUGUACUGUGGAUAUAUAGGCAGGGUCAAUAUUUAUUAUACAUACUGCAGUAAUCAGAACAAUAUCAUAUGCGAAGAGACAGCCAGCAAAGUGCAGGUGGAAAGUGUGCUGAGUGGUCUCCCAGAGGGCGGCAUGUACCUGUAGCUACUCUGCAGGGGCUUGUCCCUAGCUACUAUCCUGCUGUGAUGGUUUGAAUGAGAAUGGCCCCCAGGGUCUCCUUUGAAUACUUGGUCCUCCGCUGGUGGAACUGUUUCAGAAACCUGGGAAGGUGUGACCUUGUUAGAGGAGGUUGUGUCCUUGAAGGCGUGGCUUUGCGUUUUUUUCAAAAAGCCCAUGCCAUUCCCAGUUAUUUCUCUCUCUGUCUUCUGCUUAUGGAUUGAGCUGUGAGCUCACAGCUACUGCUUAAGACCAUGUUUGUCUGCCUGCUGCCAUCCUCCUCACCACCAUGGUCAUGGACUUUAACCCUCCCAAACCAGGAGCCAAAUUAAAUGCUUCCUUUUAUAAGUAA